UUAUUAAAUAAGCCUCCAAGAGAAUCUUAGUUCUAGUUUUACACUCCCUUUUUGUGAUUAACUAUGGUGAGUUGUCCCUAUUUUCCAUCACCAUUCAUCCAGUAUUAAAUAGCAGCAAAAUAUACCAAAAAGCCAGCUUCUUUGGGAACUCCUCAGAUUUCCUAAUAUUGAGAGCUAUAUAUGUAAAUUUUACUUCAAUAACAACAACGACGAACCUAGCGUAAUCCCAAAAGUAAGGUCAGGUCUGGGAAGAAUAGAGUGUACGUAGACCUUAUCCGUACUUUGUGAGGGUAGAUAGGCUGUUUCCGGGAAGAACAUUACGAUGGAAAUUCAAGAAAGAAAGAUGAAAGUAGAAAAAAGACAGAGUGUUGUAUUAGUGCCAUAUCCAUUCCAGGGGCAUUUAACACCAAUGCUGCAACUUGGUAGUAUUCUUCAUUCUCAAGGCUUUUCUGUUGUAGUCGCGCAUACUGAAUUCAAUGCUCCUGAUUAUUCCAAUCACCCUGAAUUCGUCUUCCAUUCUAUGAACGACGGAUUACAGGGACGUGACAUGUCAAUGCCGAGUCUAGAAAAUAUGUAUGAUCUGAACGAGAACUGUAAGGCGCCCCUUAAAAAUUACCUCGUUAGGAUGAUGGUAGAGGAUGGUGAUGAACUUGCUUGUAUCGUUUAUGACAACGUUAUGUUCUUUGUUGAUGAUAUUGUUACUCAACUGAGGCUUCCUAGUAUUGUCCUCCGCACUUUCAGUGCUACAUAUUUGCAUUCUAUGCUCACCAUUCUUCAGCAACCAGAAAAAUAUCUUCCUUUUGAAGAUUCUCAGCUGCUGGAUCCUUUGCCGGAGCUUCAUCCCCUGAGGUUUAAGGAUGUACCAUUUCCUGUCAUCGACAAUACAGUUCCAGAACCGAUACUAGAAUUCUGUCGAGCAAUGAGUGAUAUAGGAUCUUCUGUCGCGACUAUUUGGAACACGAUGGAAGACCUGGAGAAUUCAUUGUUACUACGCGUUCAGGAACAUUACAAGGUGCCUUUCUUCCCCAUAGGUCCUCUACACAAAAUGGCACCUUCAACCUCAUCGACUAGCUUACUAGAAGAAGACGAUAGCUGUAUUGAGUGGCUCGACAGACAGGCUCCUAAUUCAGUACUCUAUGUCAGCUUGGGAAGCCUAGUAAAGAUCGACGACAAGGAACUAAUUGAGACUGCUUGGGGAUUAGCUAACAGUGAGCAGCCGUUUUUAUGGGUUGUUCGACCUGGCUCCGUCUCUGGUUUUCAAUGGACUGAAGCCUUGCCCGAAGGUUUUGAGAAAACGAUAGGAGAAAGAGGUCGGAUAGUGAAAUGGGCACCACAAAAACAGGUACUUGCUCAUCCCGCGGUAGGAGGCUUUUUCACACAUUGUGGUUGGAAUUCUACACUUGAAAGUAUUUGUGAAGAAGUCCCUGUGAUAUGCAGGCCAAUUUUAGCAGACCAACCAGUGAACGCGAGGUAUCUGAGCCAAAUAUAUAAGAUUGGCCUGGUAUUGGAGGCGACAGAGAGAUCGGUUAUAGAGAAAACAGUAAGAAAACUCAUGUUAAAUGAAGAAGGUAAAGAAAUGAAGAAAAGGGUAGUAGACAUGAAACAACAGAUUGUUGCUGGUAUGCAGAUUGAUGGUUCUUCACAUAAGAACUUGAAUGACUUAGUACACUUCAUUUCUUCCUUGCCUUCGCGCGCUCCACCAACGCCUGCUGUCGGGGCAAUUCUCACCUCAAACUAUAUACCAAGCAAGACUAUCAUAGAGUCAUGAAUCAAAUUCUUGUAAUCUGCUAGCUUGGCAAUACAAGAAGUCCUUAUUAACAAAAGGAUAAAUAAGAUAAGAAGUAAACAGACUUUAUUUAUCAAUAUUCCACAACAAAAUUAAAAAUGCUUUCAAAUGUUCGAUAGGUUAAACAUGUCAGGGCAAGUUCUAGUUUAGAAAUUAUUCUUGAUGAGCCUGAUGAAAUCGAAAAAAGAAGAG